AUGGCUUUUGUUGCAAGCAUCAUCGGUCUAAUCCUUCUUGGUCUUGCUCCAAGUGUACUUGGCGUCCAACCAACAACGACUGUAGCUCGCUCCUCCUUGAGCCUGUCCUCAGGAUGCGGCAAGACUGCAACGCUGAGAAGCGGCACAUACACAUUGACCGUCAAUGGUCAGCAACGUCAGUACAUACUGACGUUGCCUGCCAACUAUAACCCUAACACACAUUACAAAUUGAUAUUUGGCUUCCACUGGCUCGGCGGCACCAUGGAAGACGUUUUUCACGGAUCAUAUUAUGGUGUCGAGCCGCUGGCCCAAAAUAGUGCUAUCUUUGUUGCACCACAGGGCUUGAAUAACGGCUGGGGAAACUCCAACAAUAAUGACAUCACCCUCACGGAUCAGAUUCUCUCAACCCUAGAGUCAGCGUUGUGUAUUGAUGAAACUCAGGUGUACUCCAUGGGCUGGAGUUAUGGUGGAUCAAUGUCUUAUGCCCUGGCAUGCGCAAGGCCGAAUGUCUUCCGCGCCGUUGCAGUCAUGUCCGGCGCAAACCUCAGCGGUUGCAAUCCUGGUACUCAUCCCGUGGCGUAUUACGCCCAGCACGGAGUUUCAGAUAACGUUCUUCCAAUUGCGCUUGGACGUGGCAUAAGGGAUACUUUUGUCAAGGACAAUGGCUGCACGCCCCAGAAUCCGCCUGAACCAGCUGCAGGCUCAGGAAGACACAUCAAGACAGAGUACUCCGGUUGUUCUUCUGGACACCCUGUUUGGUGGAUUCCCUUUGAUGGGCCGCAUGAGCCGUUAGCUACUGACGCUGGUGCUAGUUCGUCGUGGACGCCAGGCCAAAUAUGGGAAUUUUUCAGUCAGUUUUGA